UAUACUAUGCUAAGGCUAAGCUUCAAUUUGUGUUCACAUUAGAGGAAAUGGGUUUUCGAUUCUUGAAAGUUCUCCACCAUCCUGCUACGAAAUCUUGCAUAUCAAUCAAAUCACAGCUUUGCAACUCGGAGAUUUUGAGAAGCUCUUCUGUUGGUGAAUUUCAUGAUCGGCCAACCUUUUAUUCUGAAAAUCGAAAUAUCAAGAUCUUCCGGCGAUGGCAUGGCGGCCACUCGCACCACGAUCACGGUGAUUCUCAUUCUGGAAAAGAGGGCGAGAGGAUAUUUCGGCUAGGCCUCGCCGCGGACGUCGGAUUAGCACUGGGAAAAGCCUUCACGGGCUAUGUGUCCGGCAGCACCGCCAUUAUUGCUGAUGCAGCUCAUUCGGUUUCUGAUGUGGUAUUGAGUGGGGUGGCAUUGUUUUCGUUUAGAGCUGGAAGGGCGCCCAAGGAUAAAGAACAUCCAUAUGGACAUGGAAAGUUUGAGACAUUAGGAGCCCUUGGAAUAUCAAGUGUGCUCUUGCUAACUGCUGGAGGCAUUGCUUGGCAUGCGAUAGAUGUUCUGGCGAGUGUCUGGUCGGCUGCUCCCGAGGUGGUUAACCACUCCUUGGCUCAUAACCAUGCUCAUGGUCACCAGCUCGGUGGACAUCACCACGGAAUGGACAUGGAGCACCCGAUUCUGGCCUUAAAUAUGACUGUAGUCUCAAUAGGUGUAAAAGAAGGGCUAUAUUGGGUUACUAAGAAAGCUGGCGAGAAGAGUGGCAGUGGACUCAUGAAAGCUAAUGCUUGGCAUCAUCGUGCAGAUGCUAUCUCAUCAGUAGUUGCCCUCAUCGGGGUUGGUGGAUCUAUCCUUGGGGUGAGGUUUCUUGAUCCUCUUGCUGGACUUCUCGUUUCUGCGAUGAUUUUUAAAGCAGGACUUGAAAGCGGUUACCAAAGUAUUUUGGAAUUGGUGGAUGCUGCUAUUCCAUCACAACACCUUGAACCUUAUAAACAAACAAUACUUGGGGUUAAGGGAGUCAAGGGCUAUAAUCACCUCAGAGGAAGGCGAGCUGGAUCAAAUCUGUACCUUGAUGUGGAUGUUGAGGUUGACCCUUUUUCUAGCAUUAGUGCUGCACAUGAUGUUGGGGAAAAUGUUCGCAGUCAGCUUCAGCAAUCCCACCCAGAAGUUGCAGAAGUCUUUAUACAUAUAGAGCCAGGAACUUCACGUAUUACGGAGAGUGGUAUUAACCACCAAAGAAGCUGUAAAAGCUCAGAUCAUCGUUGCAACACCGCUUCACUAGAGCCAACUGACGUGGUGGACACUGUUUCAGCGAUUUUAUCAUCCACCUCCUCUGAGAAAAUGAGUAUCCAACGCAUCACACGCCACUCGUUGCAAGGCCAGAUCCUUCUCCAAAUCGAGGUUUCCAUGCCACCGGACACAUCAAUCAGGGAGGCCAUGGAGGUUGCAAAAGAGGCUGAGAAGAAGAUCUUGGAGGCUGUGUCAAGCAUCGCACACGUCUCCAUUCAGCUGCAACUUGGCCGCCCAAUGCCCGACUUCCGACAAUGAACUAAGGCAUUGUGCCAGCACGUUGCUGGUGAUUUUCAACUAGUAAGAAAGAUUGAGGCUCUCUGCUAAAUAAUGCUAAUCUGUGCUUCUUUUGCAAUUAAAAAAAGAAAUAACAGUAUUGGGCAGUAAACCAAGGCCAUUGCAACAAUCGUCUCCCCAAUACCCUUUGCAGGCCAGCUUUUUAGCCUAAGUAGAAACAAAUAAUGCAACUACUUAUUUUCGCCUCUGUAAUUUUUUUUUUAUUUAGCAUACUUCGAUUACCAACGUUGAAUAACUCGAGUAUAUGACCCAUCGCUAGUAGUACUUGAUAUAACAUCAUCCUAGAUCCCGAAUUUUCAGUUAGGAGUGCGAUAAAUAAUUGUAGCAACGACGAAGUUUAUGAGCUAUCAACUUUCUUUCUUA